UGGUAAACUGUGUACAGACGUAUUACGUUCGAAUUGCAGAGAAAAAAAAAUCCUGGUAGCAACAUUGUGCAGUAUGAGCGAACCAUUUCACCAAAAAAAGGGGAAGCAAGGCAAGAUGUGGCUGCAGCGGUCCGCAGACGUGACUUCUGAUCAAAUUCAAACCUCCUCCUAAAGAAACGAAGAGCGACAUUACAUUGCGGGAUGACGUCACCUGAAAAUGACCAAUAGCGCGGCGCGCUGCUGAGCUGCAUGCCAACCGCUCUUUUUUUCAUGCAGGAGACUCAAGUUGGCUUCGCUAACGGACACAGUUUUGAACUCGUAUAUUAGCGCCAUUUAUAGCUGCUUGGACCACAGCAUCUUCGGAAUUUGUAGACAUCCUGGCAGUUUACAAUUAGUUCAAGGGUGCUGACCCAAAUCUGUGUGGACCAGAACGUACCAAAGAGAACUACAACUCUGCUGUUGAUCGCCUCCAGAUUGACAAUACACCAGACGUCGAAGGAGUGAAGUUCAGACAUCUCGGAAAUGGGGGACAGCAUAAGGAGUUCCAUUACUAAGGUGCUGCCGGACCUGUCUGCCUUAAUCCUUGAAAUUGUACUAGAGACACUACAAUCAUUAGGAGUGGAGACAUCUGAGGACUUGCAGUUCAUCAGUGAGACUGAUCUGAACUCUGUCCUGAGACCAGUUCAGGCAAGAAAACUGCUGGCUGCUUGGAAACAAACCACACCAAAUAUGGAAAUUUCAAGCCAGGCCAGCAUAUCGUCUCCAUCUUCUUGCUCCUCAUUUUCUGCCUCACCCAGUCCAAUAUAUUCUCUAGACUGGGUAGAUAACUUUAGAAUUCCAAGUGAAGAUUUUCCAGAAGACUUGAUCCAGUGUCUUCAGAGAGAGAAAAGACCAAAGCCUCGAUUGCGGAGGGAGAUGAUCCGCAUUAUUGUGAAGGAGAUGAUGAAAGCCUGUGCCUCUCCAAGUAGAAGAGCCUCGACUGAAAUUGCAAAAAAACUGGUUGCGAUGUAUCCCAAGUCACUGCAGGAUGUCAUAGAGGGGGAAGUGGUAGGACAGGGGUACCACUCUUUGGUAAAACAGAUUCAGGCACGAAUUGAAAAUGUGAAGAGGUCUACUUCACCAGUGUUACAGAAGCGCAAACAGGGAGGAUCAGAUGACACCGAUGAAGUCACACCUGAAAAGCGAGCAUCUGUUCAAGACACAUAUGGCUGCAUAAAGUGGGACAUGAAGUUUUUGCCAGUCAGUGAGACACUGGAAACCCAGCAGGAGAAGAAGGAACGUAUGAAGAUUCUCAGUGAACAGACAAGCUUCAGUCAUGAAGAAGUAAAAACUAAUGAAAUGCACCUACUACUCUCAGCGCAAAGCAAUAAACAGCGGAGCAGACAUGCAAACCCUCAAAGAAGAGUGGCCUUAUUUGUUUCAGGCGAUUGGAAUGACAGUCCAUUUUGAAGAACUUACUGGGGUACCGCUGAAAGAGACUUUCCUCACCAGUCUAGAAAAGAAGGGAAAACGGCUUCUGGACUUUCUGAAAACCACUUGUGCAGACAAGAGCAAGCGUGUCUUGGAGGCUGUCAUAAAGCUUCGAAUGCAGAGGGGACAGCUGAAGGGCUGCUCAGAAGACCUGAAAGAUAUGAUGCUCCUCCUCCUCUCCUAUUUCGAUGAAAAAGAGGAGACCCUCUUCCACUAUGUUGAUGAAACAUGUCUGGCAAAAGAAGUCCAAGUGGAAAGCCUGCCUGUGACACCAUGUAUCAUUGUUUGUGGAUCCUCCUGCUUUGCAUCGAGACUGUUCAUGCUCAGCAUUGACCACAAAGUUGUAAAUGACCAAAUGACUGACUUCAUCUCUGCAAUCUGUCUGAUGCUUGGUAGCUACUACUGCCUGAACAUCCACUAUCCCCUGGAACUUGGCUCCACACUUGAAUUCCUUCAGAGGUGUUUCUUCAACAUUAACCCAGAGAAGGGAACAAAAGUUGAAAAAACUAAGAAGAAGACACUGCAUGUGAACCCAAGAGUACUCACCCUCAUCGCCGAUCUCUCUGAUCACGAGUGGCGAGAGACUGUUUAAAGACAUUUUGAACAGAUCGGUACAGUCAGCUUAACUGUACCUUGACUGGGAACUACUGUGUUGUUUAUGUUUUCAGUUAUCCCAGCUGAUAUUGAGUACUGUACUCUUACCUGAUUUCUGUUAUCACAGGCAUGCUUUUCAGAGGUUUUUACCAUAUAUCUUUAAACAAUCCCUCUAACUAGGGAUUGUUACUGAGAACUGUACUUUUGAUGUUUCAGAGAUGUUCUAUAUUCUAUACAAGAGUUUAAACUAUUUGAAUUUUGUAUUGCCCUAAUUAGCAAACAAGUUAAGUGUUGCACUGAACUGUUAACAUUGAAAUUUAAACAGCACUGUCUGUUACAAACAUUACUUUACGUUACAUUGACUUUAACUGUUAUUAUAGCAUUUUGUAGCUGUACGUUUCUGCAAAAGUGAUGUCACAAGCUUAUGUGUUUGUUCAAAUUCAUGUUUUCCUGAAAAUGGUUAAUAUACAUUUGUUAGUUGACUAAGUGUAGAGCUUAAGCAGUUUGGCUUUCUUUUUUCAUAAUGCCAGGAGAAGCUUUACAUGCUUGUUUUGCCUUUAUUUGUUUAAAGCAAUAUAUUUGACUAGCAGCAAGUGUGUGGAGGUCAAAAUAUGUUCAAGACAAUAAAAAUGUCAGUGAAGGACAUCUGAAAUUUUGUUGCAGUGGUUUUCUGAUGCAUGUGUUUUAAGGGUUAAGGGUGGUGGCACAGCUAAGACCCAAGAGUCUCUUUCAAGACACUGAAUUUGAGCAGAAACCAUAAGGAUACUCAAAGGACCUGUGACUCUCAGGAAAUGCAUCAAAUGAGAGUGACAGAUGAAACAGUUUCAAGACAAUGGCAGGUAAAGCAUGCUGAAGAUUGAAACAAACCUUGGCUGGAAAUAUUUGAAGGUAUCUAGCCGGUCCACAAUGAAAGUUUCGUUGCCCCCCAUGAGUCUUCUGGCAGAAAUGAUGGUGCCUGUAUUCUUUGGUUUCCCUAAACAUCACACCCUGCCUGUUUAUACGAGGCUCUUCAAUUAAGUCUGCACCCAAAGAUUCAAUAAGAGAGGGGAUCCUGUCAGUCCAAAGUGAACUCCUGAUGGACAUUGAAGUACUCCUGCAGAGCUUGUAUCUUCGACACCAUGCGCAUUAGAAACUCCACUGAGUCCUUUCCUUCACUAAGGCAGGACCCAGUGACUCAUUACUGUUUAUAGGGGCAGGUAAUUUUUUGUUUCAUGUUUAUUCAUUCCUCCAUGGAUUACCAGCCAUAUAUAUGGACACAUGCUGUAUUCUCAAGAUCUAUGCUGUUUGGUAGGAAUAGAGAAAAUGAUAUGUUUAGUCUGUUUUCAAAUGGUAUGUCAAAUUUUCUCAUUGUUUAUCAGUAAUAUUCACUACCUUGGUUAUAUAUGAGCAUCUUUAGAUUUUUCUAUAUUUAGCAGUUGCAAAUGUAAAAUGUACAGUAAACUAUUUAUGUUCCUCAUAUUGUACUGUAUUUUUAGCGGUAAAAUACCGGCAGCUGUGGUUGCCAGGAAUUUACCGUAAAAUGUAUCUGGUCAAAAUAAAAUGCUGUAAUUUGUUAUACAA